GGCUUCGCUCCUUAGAACCGCCGAACUUUCCCAGCCUUAUACCCUGUCCGCUUUCACCCCACCCUGCCUUUUCAACCUUCUUUCCUUCACCUUCCCAUCUCCUUCCAAACUCCGUAACUGCCUCCCCUUCGACCCUACACCUGUGUCCCAAUUUCUGACCUGUCUCCCUACCUUGACCUCCCCUUCGUAGCUCCAGACUUGUAUUCCACCCCUGACUGGUUCUCCCACUCAGACCUCCCUAACUCGGCCCCAAAUCUCUCUCUUCAACCCCGGGCUUUCCCUCCUUAACCCUGAGCUGUCCUCUACUCUAAUUUACCCAUCUCACUCUCAGACCUGUCUCCCACUGGCCAUUUGACUUCUCACCCCCAAGCCUCCAGCUCAUGACAUGUCCCCUUACCCCAGACCUCUCUCCCAGACCACCCUCCCACACCUCGGGCCUCAGAACCCCACCCUUGCUUCCCUGGGUAUGUCUGACCUCUCCACCCUUGUCAGCAGGGGCUGGGGGCCAAAGGAACCAGCUACUCGAGGCGAGCAUGGAGAAUGGCGAAAGGAAGAAGCCGUCUUCCACUUUGCCCGAUGAAGAUCACAAAGAAGAAAAUAAAUUAAAACAAGGAAUUCCCCAAGAUUUGUCUUCUUCCCCCAAAUUAGACAGAUACAAAAUAGCAAGACAAUUAACAGAAAAAGCCAUCAAGGAAAAGAAGAUUUUCUCCAUCUAUGGACACUACCCUGUCAUCCGAGCCACAUUGCGAAGAAAGGGCUGGGUGGAGAAGAAGUUUCAUUUCUUGCCCAAAGUUCUUCAAAAUGUUGAAGGCGAAGAUAAUAAAAAUGCAGAGACCAAAGAAAAUCAAGAAGUACCCUUGGAAAGAUUAGAUGAUAUCCAUGAUGUGAUGUCCAGGUUGGUAAAGAACGAGAUGCCAUACCUCCUCUGGACUAUCAAGAGGGACGUUGUGGACUAUCACAGCCUGACCUGUGACCAGAUGCUGAACCACUAUGGGAAGACAGCAUCGUUUACCACCAAGAUUGGACUGUGUUUGAACAUGAGGAGCCUGCCUUGGUACGUCCAGGCCAACCCCAACACCUUCUUCCCACGUUGCUAUGGCCUCUGCACUGAGAGCGAGAAGCAGGAAUUCUUGGAUGACUUUCGACGCACAGUGGCUUCCAGCAUCCUCAAAUGGGUAGUCAGCCACCAGAAUUACUACUGUAAAAUCAAGGGCAAGAGUAAGAAGGAGGAGGCCAAAAACGAAGAGCCCAGCCCCCAAAAAGAUCCUGAUAAUACUGACCUCAAGUUCCAAGGCCUCUCAGGACAGCUUGUGGACACAGCCUGCAAGGUGUGCCAGGCCUACCUGGGCCAGCUGGAGCAUGAGGACAUCGACGCAUCAGAGACCAGCACUGAUGCCUUGUCUGAGGAAGAGUGGAAUGAUCUGACCAAGCAGUACUACUUACUGGUUCAUGGCAAUGCCUUCAUCCCUGAUUCAAGAAGUUACUUUUCACAGUGCCAGACUCUGUUGAGUAAGAUCAGUUCUGUGAACCCUCAGACAGAGAUCGACGGGAUUCGGAACAUCUGGAUCAUAAAGCCUGCAGCAAAGUCCCGAGGUCGAGAUAUUGUGUGCAUGGACCGUGUGGAGAACAUCCUGGAGCUGGUGGCCACAGACAACCAGGCCACGAAGGACAACAAAUGGGUGGUCCAGAAGUACAUCGAGACGCCGAUGCUCAUCUACGACACCAAGUUCGACAUCCGACAGUGGUUCCUCGUCACAGACUGGAAUCCCCUCACCAUCUGGUUCUACAAGGAGAGCUACCUCCGUUUCUCCACACAGCGCUUCUCCCUGGACAAGCUGGACAGCGCCAUCCACCUGUGCAACAACUCCAUUCAGAGGCGCCUCAAGAAUGACAAGGAGCGCAGUCCGCUGCUCCCUGGCCAUAACAUGUGGACCAGCACCCGCUUCCAGGAGUACCUGCAGAAGAGGGGCCGGGGGACAACAUGGGGCACCAUCAUCUAUCCAUCUAUGAAAAAAGCCGUCACCAAUGCCAUGAGGGUGGCUCAGGACCACGUAGAAGCCCGUAAGAACAGCUUCGAGCUCUAUGGGGCCGACUUCAUCCUGGGGCGAGACUUCAAGCCCUGGCUCAUAGAGAUCAACUCCAGCCCCACCAUGCACCCCUCCACUCCCGUCACGGCCCAGCUCUGUGCCCAGGUGCAGGAAGACACCAUCAAGGUUGUGGUGGACCGCAAACUGGACCGAAACUGUGACAUUGGCAACUUUGAACUUCUGUGGAGGCAGCCCGCUGUGGAGCUGCCGCCGUUCAACGGGUCUGACCUCUGCGUGGAAGGGAUCAGUGUGAAGAAACCCAAGAAGCAAAUGCCCCCCAUCACCAACCUCAGCUUCACAGACUCGUUCUCAGAUUCCACGCUCAAAGUGCGCAGCCCCCGGGCUCUACUGGACGCAGCCACCGGACCCUCCCGAAUGAGCCUUCGGCAGGACUGGAAACGGGAAGAAGCAAAGGCUGGCAUUGCAUCUGCAGGAAAAAGAACGAGACGCGUCCCCUCCACAUCUCUGAGGCUUUGGAGGUCCCUAUAUUCACAGCUACAAAUUCAGCCUCCUCUUCAGUCACCCACUCACAACUUCCAUGUAAGGGGACUGAGUAUGAGAUGGACAAAGGCCGGUGGAGCUAGAUGUUGGGGCAGGAGCUCAGCCUUCACACUCCGGGACCGUGUCAAUCUGUCCAAGCACCCAGGUGGCUCAGGUAGUAUGUGUGCAAGUUAGGAGCUCACCUGGAGAAGGUGGGUGAUGUGGCACCAACCCCUGAGGAAACCAUUCCAGCACCAAACAAUGCCGGGAAUCCCGAGGGUGGCUGGGAGCCUGGAGUGCCCUUGAAGACCUCAACUUCUGACCAGUUCAGACAAACAAAAUAUACCUGAGGGCUGUUUUUUGUGU